GUUGGCGCAUGCGCAGUGCUGCGGCUGCUGAUUGCCAGGAUGAGCUGCCCGCCGGGGCUACAGCUGGACUGCGAGCGGCUGCUCGACGACUUCCAGGCCACUGACAGCGUCCGCUUCGAGACCUUCACUGAGCUCUGGCGUCAGCGCCGCUUCCACACCAUCUUCCAUGGUAGAAUAAGGCCAUUAGAGUUGAAUAAGUUUACAAAGAAAGCUUUGGAUCUGGCACGUCAGUACUUCUUGCCUCCGUACACUUUUCAGAUUCGAGUUGGUGCACUGUAUCUUCUGUAUGGAUUGUAUAAUACACAACUUUGUCAGCCAAAGCAGAAGAUCAGAAUUUCACUCAGAGAUUGGCCUGAAGUCCAGAAGUUCCAGCAGGAUCUGGUGGAUGCUCAGCAUUAUGAUGCAGCUUACAUUUAUAGGAAGCUGCGACUAGCCAAAGCAUUCCACUUCACAGCCAUGCCCAAACUAUUGUCCUAUAGAGUUAAGAAAAGGGUUGAAGAGACAGAACUGAAAGAAGAGUUCCGGGAGCUGAGUAACCGAGUGAGCAGCGUGAUCACUAGUGAUACCUUGGAGGAAUUUAUGAAUGUUCACAACCACUAUCAGAAAAUGAAAUGUAUGAUCUCUACUGACAAAUCCCAACCAGACAAGGCUCUGAGCUUGAUCAAGAAUGACUUUGUAAUUAGUGUUAACAAUAUUAUUUUGGAAUAUCAGCAGUGGCAGCAGGACAAAAUGAAUCAACUCUUAAAGUCUAAAGAGAAUGAAAAAUUGACGGAGAAGCCGGAUGAAGGGAAUUCUCAAGAAUCAGAAGGUUCUGAAAGAGCAAGUGCAUUGGCUAAAAUCAAACAGAAGUCCUAUUCAGCAGUUGCUGAGGUCUCCAAAUCAAGACGGCAUCGUCAAGUUAAGCUAGAAUCUUCUGAAUCGGGGUCUGAUCAGGGAAAACUGGCAUCUCCCAAAGAGAAAAGAAACCAAAAAAGGCCCCAGUCAACAAGGAAGAAAAGCUCUCCAGCAAGCAGAGGUGUAAUAAAGAAGGAAACCACUUCUGGGAAAAAGAAGCUGCCUGUAAUCCCAGAAGAAGAUAGUUCCAGUGAAGAAGAGGUCCCACGCCCAAAGAGAAGACGACGACGUUAAACAGUACAUUUGGAGACUUUCUUGUGUAUGUGUGUGUCUAGCG